AGCUGCGCAGGGGGAGAGCGAGCGGAGGAAAAAAAAAAAAGAAAAAAAAAACCUGAGCUAUAGCUUUUUUUCAUGUCACUCACCUGAAAAGCUACGAGUCGAUUUCAGACCAUGACAGCAUAGAACUCGGCAACUCACACCAAGAUCGGCGCUCAGGUUUCUUACACAACUGCAUGCUGCAUAGCGAAUGCAUGUGUAUCUCUGAAGUAGUACAGGGGUCUGGAGACCGGCACACGCAUCACCAGCGCAUACAAUUUGAGCUAGUAUUAGCAGAAGUAUGAAAACAUCUAUUUUGACGUUAAAGUCACUUCUUUAAUGAACCACUCUUUAUAUUUAGAACUUGUAAGAUCAGAAGUGAACUUUCUCAAGACGUAGGUCAUAUAUAACUCCAAACCAAUCUGCACCACAAUCGGGAAGGCUUGAUGGACAGUAAUCACCAGCUGGAAGCUGCGGUAUUGGUUUAUACUAGGCGCUGCAUAUUCUGUGAGCUAUGCUUUUGUAGCUCAUUCUUGCAAAGAGGUGAGGAACAUAUAUACAGCUGGGUUUCUUUUCUUUUUUUCUUUUUUAUUUUUUAUUGAAUGCAUCCAUCAUUGUGAAAGGGGAACUAUCUGAACAUUUUAAUACAUGAGUUAUUUUAGCUACUUUACGUUAAUAGAUCAUUUACAAAAGGAUUUUUUUUUUUUUUUUUAAAUCUUGCUGAUUGUUUUAACACGUUGGUAACGCCGAACAGCAACUGAAUCAGGUAUUUAAUUAAUGCACGGGAAACAACACGUCUAAUUUUAUUCAAAGGCUCGUUUUUCUGGCUGCUCUCAUCAUAUUAUGUCUGCACUUCGAAAGAAAUUUGGGGACGAUUACCAAGUAGUGACCACUUCAUCCAGUGGCUCUGGAUUCAAUCAGCCAGCACCCAAGAGGAAAAGGCAACGGUUUGUGGACAAGAACGGGAGAUGCAAUGUUCAGCACGGUAACCUGGGGAGUGAAACAAGCAGAUAUCUUUCGGAUUUAUUUACCACCCUGGUAGAUCUGAAAUGGCGCUGGAAUUUAUUUAUUUUUGUCCUGACUUACACUGUAGCGUGGCUUUUCAUGGCAUCAAUGUGGUGGGUCAUAGCCUACAUUCGAGGCGAUCUCUAUAAAGCCCACGAUGAUAAGUAUACACCCUGUGUUGCUAAUGUCUAUAACUUUCCUUCAGCUUUCUUAUUCUUUAUUGAGACAGAAGCCACAAUAGGCUACGGCUUCAGGUACAUCACAGACAAAUGUCCAGAGGGGAUCAUUUUAUUUCUCUUUCAGUCUAUCCUUGGAUCGAUAGUAGAUGCUUUUUUGAUCGGCUGUAUGUUUAUAAAGAUGUCUCAACCCAAGAAGCGAGCAGAGACCUUGAUGUUUAGCGAACAUGCGGUUAUUUCUAUGAGAGAUGGCAAACUGACUCUCAUGUUCAGGGUGGGAAACCUCCGCAACAGCCACAUGGUCUCAGCUCAAAUCCGCUGCAAAUUGCUUAAAUCCCGGCAGACGCCUGAGGGUGAGUUUCUCCCCCUCGAUCAGUUGGAGUUGGAUGUGGGCUUUAGCACCGGGGCUGAUCAGCUAUUCCUCGUAUCCCCCCUUACAAUAUGUCAUGUGAUCGACACCAAGAGCCCCUUCUAUGAACUCUCCCAGAGAUCCAUGCAGACCGAGCAGUUUGAAAUUGUUGUAAUCUUGGAGGGCAUUGUGGAAACCACUGGCAUGACUUGUCAGGCACGGACUUCCUACACUGAGGAUGAGGUUCUUUGGGGCCAUCGUUUUUUCCCAGUUAUUUCCCUGGAAGAAGGAUUCUUUAAGGUUGACUACUCCCAAUUCCAUGCAACAUUUGAAGUUCCAACACCCGCGUACAGCGUGAAAGAACAGGAGGAAAUGCUUCUAAUAUCCUCGCCGUUGAUGGCACCUUCCCUGAGCAGCAGUAGGGAAAAGAAUAAUUCUGUUGACUGCUUGGACAACCUUGAGGACACAAGUACCAAACUACCAUCAAAACUGCAAAAGAUGACAGGAAGGGGUGACCUGCCCAGAAAGUUGCUAAGGAUGAGCUCCACGACCUCCGAAAAAGCCUACAGCUUUGGGGAUUUGUCCAUGAAGCUUCAGCGUAUCAGCUCCGUCCCUGGGAACUCAGAGGAAAAACUUGUAUUAAAGACCACAAAGAUGAGCUCUGACCUUAUGAGCCAAUCAGUAGCGGACUUGCCACCUAAACUGCAAAGACUUGCUGGUGGAGGCAGAAUGGAGGGGCAUCUACCCCCGAAACUGAGAAAAAUGAAUUCAGACCGAUUUACAUAACUAGAAUACCUUGUUUUCUCUUGGCAUUAUGUUAAAUUUUAAUAAAAAGGACAAGUUUCUGAAAUUUGAGAACAGAAGAUAUAUUUAUUAUUUGCUAGGGGAAAAGAAAUUUAGCAUUACGUUCUUGGCUGUAAGUAUAAAUGCUUUAAAAGAGACUUUUUUGAAGGUAAUUGUAUUAUUAGCAUAAACUGGCAUGUAGUAUCACAACGCGCAUGGAAUACUGAAUAUACUUUUUAUCUUGCAAAAAAAUAACACUUAAGAGCCAAAUUCUGCUCUAAACUUCUUCCAAAAAAAGAAGAUGUAUGUUAAUAACAGAAACAGA